ACCAGUAGCACACGUACAAGCGUACCGGCCUCUUCGUCUCGCACCAGUUUCUACCGAUCAGCGUCCGUCCGCGUUUCUUAAGACACAGGCAAAUGCAGAACGCGGAUCGAAGUUCGCCAAUUGAUCGGAUCUCUAUUAUUCAACCAUUAUACAAGUUUCCAGUUAUUCUAUCCGGCGUAUCGUGACUGUUCGCGAGACGUUCUAUAGUUCAGUGUCAGAAAAACCAUUAAAUGAUAAAAAAAAUCGUAAACCGAAAGAACUGUGGAAUGUAUUAGGAGAUGAGUAAACGUGGGAUGCAUUGAAUGAGUGGUAGGUUCUCUUCUGUUCAUUAAGUAGAUUUACGAUGCAAAUGAAUCGAAAAUAGUAUACACAUGACGACAGUUUAGUUCAGUGCGAUUAUUUAUCGUACAAAUUAUUAAUCACUUAUUCCGACGUAAGUAUUUCGUUUGUGCUUUUCGAGCUGAAGAUUUUUUGACGCGAGAUCGGGUUCAAAAGCCAAGGUUAAGGCUGAAGAUUUAUGCAUUCGGUAUACCCGGAGAACGUCACGAUCAAUCGUGUCCCAACGCUGCUUUCGGCAUGGAUCCAAAGAUUGACCGUUCCACGAACAAACCUGUUAAUCGUUUCGUUUCAGAAGAGACCAAUUACUUUUUGUUCCACUCUUAUAUACUUAGCCAGACGCCACCGAAAACGAUCGAUGCAUUCUCCGCCAGCAACGGAAUCGCGGUAAUAAUCCGUGACGUGUACACGCGCGCGAAGUGAGAACUGAGAACUGACAACCGGCCGCCUCAUUGAUAAAUGCGGUUUAGAGCCAGGACUCGACGUACCUCGUGCCGGAACUCGAUGGACUCGCGAAGCUGACGAAACCCGAUUCAUUUCAACGGAGUUUAUUCAUACGGUUAUUCUCGGUACGGUUCCCGCAAGUCACCGGUGCGCGCAAAGUUAUCCGCCUUAUUGAGAGUUCAUCGUGCUGCGUGCGGCCUGAAAAUGGCGCAUCUCCGACGUCCAGUCAGGCGGGAACAUUACAAACCUUUCGGCCGAAGGAAGGGUUCGGCAGACUCGAACUACUCGCAGCCGAGCUCAGAUCUCUCGCUGGACGAGGAGAAAGAGAGCUUGCGUCGUGAGAAGGAGAGGCAGGCCCUCAAUCAACUUGAAAAAGCUAGGACGAAACCAGUAGCGUUUUCUGUACGAACUAACGUGAGCUACGACGGAUCCAUUGACGAUGACUCGCCGGUCCAUGGCUCGGCUAUCAGCUUCGAGGUCCGCGAUUUUCUGCACAUCAAGGAGAAGUACGACCACAACUGGUGGAUAGGUAGGCACGUGAGAGAGAACGCGGACGUGGGCUUCAUCCCGUCCCCGGUUAAAUUGGAGGCCCUCAGGCAGCAGGCGAGCGCCGCGCGUGGCACGAAGGGUCUCUACUCGGCGCGCGGAGGCUCUUCAGGGAACCUUGGCGAGAGUGGUAUGCCCUCACGUGGUUCCACACCACCUACACCAGGUGACGAUAACGAUAGCGUGCGCGGCGGCAAGGCAACGCUGACUACACCACCGGCCAAGGAAAAACGAAAGAACUUCUUCAAAAAACCGUCCUACGAAAUGACCGUGCCGUAUGACGUUGUACCAUCCAUGAGGCCUGUCGUCCUAGUUGGUCCAUCAUUGAAGGGUUAUGAGGUGACGGAUAUGAUGCAGAAGGCGUUGUUCGACUUCAUGAAACGUCGGUUUCGAGGCAGAGUAAUUAUUACUAGAGUAAUGGCAGAUAUUUCAUUGGCGAAAAGAUCGUUGCUGAACAAUCCAACGAAACGAGCAAUCAUGGAGCGGUCCACCAGCAGAAGCAGCUGUUUGACGCAAGUCCAAGCAGAGAUGGAAAGAAUUUUCGAGCUUGCGAAGACUCUCCAGUUGGUGGUCUUGGAUUGCGAUACCAUCAAUCAUCCCUCGCAAUUAGCAAAGACCAGUUUAGCGCCAACGAUCGUCUACCUGAAGAUCUCGUCACCUAAAGUGCUCCAAAGGUUAAUCAAGUCGCGUGGCAAGUCGCAAUCCAGACACCUAAACGUACAAAUGGUGGCUGCCGAGAAACUAUCUCAGUGUCCACCGGAUAUGUUCGAUGUGAUCCUCGACGAAAAUCAGCUGGACGAUGCCUGUGAACACGUGGCCGAGUACCUCGAAGCUUACUGGCGAGCCACCCACCCGGUGAUCCCGGCUGUGCCUCGUCCGAUGCCUGCAGCGGAUGCGCCUGUCGACGCGCUUACACCUCGCGUCACAUCAGGAUCCGGCUCGUACAGUGGCGGACACGUGAGCGAGGGAACCCGAAAAUCGCGGCUGGAGAGAAUGGAUCGCGAACGGGGCGAUCGUGAACACGACUACGGGACCGAGGAGGAAUCGUACGUUGGUGAUUACGGCACGGCAUCGAGGCGUCGCCAGCAGCAAGAUCCACGCGCAUUGAAUGCCAUUUAGGAGCUGGGGCCCCAGGGCCAGCGCUGUCCCCACCUGCGCACCACUGCUCUUUAGUGGGGGUCGCCACUUGGUACGCUACUGAACGUACGAAACGUGCUUUUACGCUACCGUAGCGGAGAAUAUUGUCGCUCUGGUCUGUUAGUGGGGUUUCUUUCCUGUCGCUACCCGUAAGACGAUUCAUACUUUUGUUCUCGAUUACUAUUGUAUUAGCUAGUCGAACGUUAUUAGACUAUCGCCUUUUGUUACAGUACGUGAGCCUCGGCGUACGCUGUUCCGGAGGUCUCAUACAGAAUUUAGUUCUUACCUUAUUUUCUUUGUUAACAUAUAGGAGCCAUGAAUUCUAAAGCAAUGCCGAUUCAACAUUCUAGGACAGUGUGCUUAUCCUCUGUAAUUUUUCUUUAAUGCCCUGAAUUCUUACACGUUCACUCAUUCAUAAUACAUUUUUAUAUGAAACCAGGAACUUAUUGCGUUUUGGAAUUUAUGGCUUUAAUUUGCAGUCAGUCUUGUAAGAUCUACUGCAUUGUUGUAAUGAAAGAAGCGUGCACGUUCGUCUGGUUAUCAGAAAAGUAUACGUACUCAGUAGUCCAUACAGCAGAAUACGUUCAAUUAAAAUUUUAUUUUCAUUUACUUUGUGCUGUUCGUUAUUGGAUUAUGGAAAUAGUGAAGUAACUCUUGCACGCUGCCUGCGAUGCGUUAACUGUUUCCUGUUGCAACUUAUCGAUACUGCGUACGUGCUUUCUGAGAGAAGUAAGAGUUAGAGUGAACUAGAGUUUCCUGUCAGUUUUUGUUAUUUUUCCUUUCGUUGAUUCCAAAGUAUAUGCGUAAUCAUUGUAACGGAGUUGUCCACGAUGACGGAGACAUGUAGAUUCUAUUUUCGUAAUUUAAUUAAAGAGGUCUUGUUGAUUUCGUAAGGCAAUCGUUUCGACCAUUUCGAUAGAAUCAAAGCAAGUAGUUAUCCUUCUAGAAACCCGUUAACGUCGUUGUCAGGCAUAUGGAGUAAACGACUUUUUCUGUCCUCCCUCGUUUUACAGAAUUAUGUGACAAAUUGCAAAGCGUUCACAUAAACGGAGAGCAUGCGAGAGGGAAAGAAAGGGAAGGGUGUGGCCACCGAUAGCUAUCACGAGCAUUAAUUUCCAACGGGAAUUCCGCAAAACGGGAUGGGCGGAAUAAAAUUGAUUAGUGAUUGUCCUUGACGAUGAGGUACGCACAGGAUAAAUCCCCCAUUCGCGGAACCAGCUCAACGAGAUGUGUAAACACGAUAAGAGUUGUCACGUGAACAAAUCAAAGAAACAUACAGUAGGGAAAAAGAAGAAAGAACUAAAUGAAAGAGAAAGAGACAGAGAGAGAGAGAGAGAGAGAGAAAGAAGGAUUAAGGGAGAGAAAGGAAAAGAGCCCUGGGGCCUUAAUUUUUGCGCUGAUUCCUCCUGGGCCCCUAUACCCACCCCACAAGAUGCAUCAGACUCUAAGAUCGAUGAGUCAUCAGCCAGCUAUAAAGAGAGCUCGUGAAUCGGCAUCGGGUCUUUGUUAAAACAACACAGCACUAGAUCUUUGCUCGAAAUUAGGAUAGACGAUCGUUCAGAUCAAAUGAAAUGGAAAAAUAAAAAAAAAAAAAAAGUAAAAGCAAAAAAGGAAU